UUUUUUUUUUGCAAGGAACACGAACCAUUGAUGGGAUGAUUAAUUAUGAUAUAAAAUAGUCCGCUUUAGAAAGGUGGCCAUACCCAAAAUUCUGAUCUUUUAAUCUCGAUCAGCCACAAUUAAAACAAAUACUGCCGUACAAGUCGUCUACCCCUUUGCAUAAAAACAUAUGGCUUUGCUAUAAAAAUGAUGACGGGAAAACACUGACCCAUUAAUAGCCUGCGGACUGAUUUAUACUUUAUUGUUCUGCUGCCCGGCCAUGUGACGCGAGGCAGCCAAUGGGCUGACAGGCAGCCUUCAACUUAUUAGGUGACUGUACUUCUUCGUGAGGACCAAGUUGUUACAUGAAAUCUGCAGUUUCAUAAUUUCGCCAGGUCUUGCCUCUCCUUUUUUUUGCAUUGGGGCUGGGGCUGGGGCUUGGCUUGGAUGGCUAUGUCUUCUUCGGGGACGCUCAGCAACUACUACGUGGACUCUUUCCUCAUCCACGACAGCGAGGAGCUGGUGCAGUCCCGCUAUGGCUCGGCAUCCCUAGGUCAGCCGGCCAGGCAGGCGACCCUUGGAGACCACCCCGAGUUCACCCCGUGCAGCUUUCAGUCGAAAACGUCCGUCUUCAGCACUUCCUGGAAUGCCGUGCACCCGCCGAGCGCUAACAAUGUGCCCACCGUGUACCACCCGUACGUGCAUCACCAGGCACCAAUGGCAGCGCCCGACGGCAGGUACAUGCGCUCGUGGCUGGAGCCCAUGCCGGGCUCCUUGUCUUUCCCGGGCUUGCCGGCCAGCAGGCAUUACGGCAUUAAACCUGAACCGCUCACGGCCAGGAGGGGUGACUGUACCACCUUUGACACGCACGCGCUCUCUCUGACUGACUAUGCUUGUGGUUCUCCUCCAGCUGAUAGGGAUAAGCAAGGCAACGACGGCGCGUUCUCGGAAAACAAUGGCGAGAGCGAGGCGAACGGAGACAAGCCCCAGAUCGACCCAAGCAACCCGGCCGCGAAUUGGUUGCACGCGAGAUCCACUCGGAAAAAACGGUGCCCUUACACCAAGCACCAGACGCUGGAGCUGGAGAAGGAGUUUUUGUUCAACAUGUAUCUCACCAGGGACCGACGGUACGAAGUGGCCCGGCUCCUGAAUUUAACCGAGAGACAAGUGAAAAUCUGGUUUCAGAACCGGAGGAUGAAAAUGAAGAAAAUCAACAAAGACCGAGCGAAGGAUGAAUGAUGCUCGGCUUCCAGGUUUAAUCACGUUCCAAACAGCAAAAAUCUCCCCCUCCAGCGCAACGCAACACAAUCCUCCCCUCUUCUCUUCCCAGCAUACCCCGAGACUGUGUCCAGGCCUCAUGUGUUGUUAUUAUUAUUAAUAAUAUUAUUUGGGGUUUCCCACCCCCCCACUUGGGGUUGUUGCUGUUGUUUUGUACUUGGCCAAUUCAGCUCUUGAAUGUAUCUCGCCAGCGUGCAGGGAGAUAUGGCUGUGCCCCGGUGCUAUUAUGGAGGUACCCAGAUUUAUCAUUUUCUAAUCAUAGGAAAGGAAAGGGGGGCAUUAAACUCGGAAGGCUGAUCUGUUGGCUUGUCUAAAUCUACCUGUCCUUCACGAAAGAAAGAAAGAAAGAAAGAAAGAAAGAAAGAAAGAAAGAAAGAAAGAAAGAAAGAAAGAAACUACCUUUUUAAUGCACAAUUCUUUACAGACUGUAUAGGUUAGUCGACGUAGUUAAUUUUAUUUGCUCUUUGCGCGGCAGAGAGAGGUCUGCUCCUAAUACUUGAACACUGUGUUUUAUUGUGGUAAUUAUAUUUGUGACUCAAUUUUUUGUGCUUGGGUGCUGUACCAGAUGUGAUUGUGUAAGCUAGGAUUCAAUUUGAACUCAGGUUGUUUAUUAUAAAGGUUGCAUAGAGUAUAGCUCGGUAGUGUAAGGAGUCCUUUUUCUGUAUCAUUAUUAGACAGUGAACCUUGGAUUGUACCGGGGGGGAACCAAUUCGUUCGCUCAUUUCUAUCCCAGCUUUUAAACACAAAAGUGGGGGCAUGAUCUGGGAUAGCCAAGGACUUGUGGAUCCCCCCAGUUCUUUUGAAGCAAUUCAUUUUCGUAUGCACACUUGAUCUAUCUAUCUAUCUAUAUAUAGUACAGUCUUCGUCAGUUGUAUAUAUCAUAAUCUAUAUAUUAAAGAAAGAAACCCUUAAUAAUCAGGCUAGCUUGAAUCUUGUUUUUGCACCCGUGAGCAAUUUUCAGAUAACGGAGCUAUACCUAUAUGUGAAAAAGAAGGUAACUACCUAUGGUUUACGUUUUGAGUUUAAUCGAAUUUAAUUGAUUCUUAUUGUAAUGAAGUUUAAUUUUAUUGAUAAUAAAUUAUACACUCUAAAAAAAACCCUACCUUUUGGUUAUUGUAGAUUUGUAUCGAUUAUUAACAUAAAAA